AGUGGCGUCCGCUGCCAACGCCGGAGGGAGACGGAGAACCCUCGGAGCCGCAACCCACCAGCGUGGAGGCAACCCCCGUCCCUAGGCCACCUCUCGCCCGCCCCCUGCUGCGGGCCAAGGCCAGCGCCCCGCCCAGAGAUGGGUAAACGCGUGGAUGGCGUGGCUCCCAGUGCCGCCAGAUCGCAGGAGCCCGGCGCCGGGGCGCUGCGCUGAGGCUCCCUCUCGGCGCAGCCCAGGAAGCCUGCAGGUGUCCUUGGCUGCUCGGCCGCCACCCGGGAGACUCCUUCACCAGUGCCCAGAGCCCUGUUCCCUGGAGCUGCCCCGCCCCCCCCAAGCUCGGCGCCGCGCAGGACGCCCCGUCUGAGGCCCCCCCGCCCCGGCACGGCCCCCGCAGCGCCCAGCCCAGCGCAGCUCCCCGCCGCUGUCGAGCCGCGGACGCAGGACCAGAGGCUCGCUCCAGCGGGCGCGCUUGUUUUCCUUCUGCCGCUUCGCCCUGCGCAGCACCCGCCUGUCUGAAAGCCGCUUUCCGCCCCGCCCGCCAUCCGUGCCCUGCGCUGGAUUUAUGAAUGGGGGGAAGAGGCCACAUGCCGCCGCCGCCGCCUCUUGUUGACCGCACGCAGCCCGGGCCCGCGGAGCUCCGGCUACCGUGAGCGCGCCGGCCCGGCCCCGGUAGCCGCUCCCAGGACUUGUUGCUGCUGCGCUGCCGCCGCUGCUGCGGCGGGGAAGCCGGCUGCUCCGGGGCUCGGCGCGGACUGGGAGCAGGAGGGUGGCCCGUGUGGGUGUGAGCGCGCGCACCGCCCGGACCCUCGCAGUGCGCCUGGACAGUGCACUUCCCCGUCUUUCGGGAGGUGAAGGGGGGGGGCGUGUCCCGGGCCUCUAGCGUCGGAGUGCCUCGGGUCCUAGCGGGGGUAACGUGUGUGUGCUUGCCCUGCUUCCCCGGGCGCCUCGCUUGGGUCCUCGGCUCUCCGUUUCCCCUCCUGACUCCCUCCCCGGCGCUGCCAGCCCAAACCCCAACCACCUGUGCACCCGAGAAAUCCAACUCCUCUCGCUCCGUGCCCCGGGGGGGAGGCAGGGGCAGGGCCACGCCGCAGAGGGGGCCGCCGCCGCCUCCUGCCUCCUCGUCUCCUCCCCCUCCCCCGUCUGACGCUGCCUCCUCGGGAAGGGUGUUUGGAGGGCAGCGGCCGCCCCAAGCCGAAGCCCCGCAGCGCUUCUUAUGAUCAGCUCGGUGUGUGUCUCCUCCUACCGCGGGCGCAAGUCGGGGAACAAGCCUCCGUCCAAAACAUGUCUGAAGGAGGAGAUGGCCAAGGGCGAGGCGUCGGAGAAGAUCAUCAUCAACGUGGGCGGCACGCGACAUGAGACCUACCGCAGCACCCUGCGCACCCUACCGGGCACCCGCCUCGCCUGGCUGGCCGAUCCCGACGGCGGGGGCCGGCCCGAGUCCGAUGGCGGUGGUGCAGGCAGCAGCUGCGGCGGGGGCUGCGAGUUCUUCUUCGACCGGCACCCGGGCGUCUUUGCUUACGUGCUCAACUACUACCGCACGGGCAAGCUACAUUGCCCCGCCGACGUAUGCGGCCCCCUCUUUGAGGAGGAGCUCACCUUCUGGGGCAUCGACGAGACCGACGUGGAGCCCUGCUGCUGGAUGACCUACCGGCAGCACCGCGACGCCGAGGAGGCGCUCGACAUCUUCGAGAGCCCGGACGGAGGCGGUGGGGGCGCGGGGCCCGGCGAUGAGGCCGGCGACGACGAGCGGGAGCUGGCCCUGCAGCGCCUGGGGCCCCACGAAGGAGGCGCGGGCCCUGGCGCGGGGCCCGGGGGCUGCCGCGGCUGGCAGCCCCGCAUGUGGGCGCUCUUCGAGGAUCCCUACUCCUCCCGGGCGGCCAGGGUGGUGGCCUUCGCCUCUCUCUUCUUCAUCCUGGUGUCCAUCACCACCUUCUGCCUGGAGACCCACGAGGCUUUCAACAUCGACCGCAACGUGACGGAGAUUCACCGCGUGGGGAAUACUACCAGCGUGCGCUUCCGGCGGGAAGUGGAGACGGAGCCCAUCCUGACCUACAUCGAGGGCGUGUGCGUGCUGUGGUUCACGCUGGAAUUCCUGGUGCGCAUCGUGUGCUGCCCGGACACGCUGGACUUCGUCAAGAACCUGCUCAACAUCAUCGACUUCGUGGCCAUCCUGCCCUUCUACCUGGAGGUGGGACUGAGUGGCCUGUCAUCCAAGGCGGCCCGUGACGUGCUGGGCUUCUUGCGCGUGGUGCGCUUCGUGCGCAUUCUACGCAUCUUCAAGCUCACGCGCCACUUUGUGGGGCUGCGCGUGCUGGGCCACACCCUGCGGGCCAGCACCAACGAGUUCCUGCUGCUCAUCAUCUUCCUGGCCCUGGGCGUGCUUAUCUUCGCCACCAUGAUCUACUACGCAGAGCGCAUCGGCGCCAGGCCCUCCGACCCGCGGGGCAAUGACCACACCGACUUCAAGAACAUCCCCAUCGGCUUCUGGUGGGCCGUCGUCACCAUGACAACACUGGGCUACGGGGACAUGUACCCCAAGACAUGGUCUGGCAUGCUGGUGGGGGCGCUGUGUGCCCUGGCCGGCGUGCUCACCAUUGCCAUGCCCGUGCCUGUCAUUGUCAACAACUUCGGCAUGUACUACUCUCUGGCCAUGGCCAAGCAGAAGCUGCCCAAGAAACGGAAGAAGCACGUACCUCGGCCGCCCCAGCUGGAGUCGCCCAUUUACUGCAAGUCACAGGAGACCUCGCCCAGGGACAGCACCUACAGUGAUGCCAGCCCCCCUGCCCCAGAAGAGGGUAUGGUUGAGAGGAAACGGGCAGAUUCCAAGCAGAAUGGCGAUGCCAAUGCGGUGCUGUCGGACGAGGAGGGAGCCGGCCUCACCCAGCCCCUGGCCUCCGCCCCCACCCCUGAGGAGCGCAGGGCCCUGCGCCGCUCCGGCACCCGAGACAGAAACAAGAAGGCAGCUGCCUGCUUCCUGCUCAGCGCUGGGGACUAUGCCUGCGCCGAUGGUAGUGUCCGCAAAGGCUGUGGAAAGUCCCGGAGCCUAAACAACAUAGCGGGAGCGGCUGGAACCAGUCUGGGGUUGUCUCCACUGACAUCGAGAUACAGCUCGCCCUACCCUCCGAGAAAGCCCCUGCUCGCCCACCCCUUCCACCCGCUCACCAGCCCGCCCCCUGGACACUUGGCCUCGUAGCUGCACCCUCAGCUCUCCCCGACCCUGGGCACCCGCACACAAACAGGCACACACAUCCCUCCAGCCUCAUCCGUCCUGGGUCUUCGGGAGUCAAACAGGAUACAGGAGAAUUGAGGCCCCCGAGCCUCCUGUCCACAGCACCCAGCUCCCUAAAAUGUUCAGCCCUGGAGCCUGAGAGUGAGGGGAGAUUACUUCCAGGCCUCCUACCCCACUCACUCCCAUUCUCAGCUGAAGGUGCCGUCACCCCUAGGACUCUGUAACUGUGUCUCUGGGCCUUGCCUCUCCCUCAGGCUCCCACCUAAAUCACAGCAAAUGCACCCCCAUCCCUCAGGGCCUUCAACCAGUAACCAAACAGCCUGCAGUUGAACAUCUCUCUCUGUCUGUCUGUCCAUCCACACUCAGAGCAACCAGGAAUAAGGCUGUCCCCUGGGGUGUGGGGCACAGGCUGGGGUUCCCAAGUUGGAGCCCCAGGAUAGGCGACCUAGAUGCGGGCAUGUCCCCCUCUCGCUGGAGCCCAGCCUCGGAGCCAGCCUCCCAUCUGUGCCCCAACCCCUGAGCUGCGCAUCGCUGGCCACGCUGCUUCCCCGCUUCCUCUACAGUUCUGCUUCCUCUCCUGCUCCCUCCAGCUCCCAGUCCUGCCUCUGAGUCACCUGCCGCUCCCACCCAGCCUCUGUGCUCUAUAUCGCUGCCAGAACCGGAGACUCAUCUAAUUUCUAUAAUUAAGUGUAUUCAUUUACUUAACGAGCCCAGGAGCACAACAGGUUUGUGAGUCACAGAGUGAGCAGGGGUGCACCCCGGGCAGGGGCAGCUGAGGGGAAGUGCAGGGACAGGAGCCAUCCAGCCCCCACCCGCUGCCUCCCCCAGGGCCGGCCGAGCUGCAGGGGGCCCCUCCCCAGGGCAGGCCCCCAGCGCCCCAGCCAGGCUCGCCAGGAUGGACCGCCUCAGCCUGGGAACUCGGAACACCUCAGCCAAGACAUUUCCUGUUUCACCUGAUGGGAAUUAGACCUGACGGCAGAGCUGGGCGCCUGGCAAUUUUUAGAGCCAGAUUAUGCAACUUUGUGUAGGGAAUGACUAAGUAAGGCCCAUGUCUGCCCCUUCCAGAAUGGGCAGAGAUAGGCACCGCCAGACAGCAUUCGGGGACUUGGCAGGAGGCGGGGGACUCUGGAAGCCGCCCCAGAAGGUGAACUGGGCAGAAAGGUCAGACCAUUUCUUGGGAUUGCAGGGGAUAAUGAAGAAGAGCAUAUUCUAGAAACAUUCCUAUUUCAGUCAAUGCCUUCUUCAGCCUUGGGCAGACACAGGAAAUUCUCUUCAAGGUGGGUCCUGGGCUCUCCCCGCCCUGCUGUGGUCUGUGGGGCUGGCGUCCUUUUUGCUCUCAGGAAGAAAAGAAGAAGAGCUGAGAAGAUACAGGACCAUUCAUGCCACUGCCCCUCAGAAGGGGACACAGACAGGCAAGCCCUGGGGAGCAGGAGAGAGGGCAGGGCACCUUCUACCCUUUCAGUCCAGGCUGAGAGCCCAGCUUCUCUUCCAGUAGGAUGGAAGAUCCUGCCCCUGCUGGGCUCACCAGUGCUGGGGUCCUGACUCCACCAUGGACACCAUGAGUGAGGUGGCUGGUGUAGCCUGGGCCCUAUAGCUAUUUCCUCCUCUCACUUGCCUUUCUGGUUCAGGGAACUGAGGCGGCUAUUUCUGUGGCAGCCCUCAAGUUGUCAGGAGCCCAAGUUUCCACGGCACCCACCGCCUCCUUCUCUCUUCCCUCCCACAGGAACGGGCAUGCUCAUGGCACCCCCCAUGGUGGGCACAGAUGUCCCUGGGCGACAUGAUGCAGGAGUGCCAGCCUGGGGCCCCUUGUGCCUUGGGGGGGCUGGGUGGGCUCCCACACACCCCUCCUGGCUCUCUGGCUUCUGUAGGGCUGACACAGUAUUGAGCCAACAGGAACGCUGAGUAGGCUGCCCGCCCCAGCUCCCUCUCAGGGUCCUGGGAAAGGACAGAGCGAGUAUGCAGGGCCCCACAGUACUCUAGGCCCUGCCUGGGAAGGUGGCCCUCUUCACAGGCCUCAGGCUUGCCCAGGCCCUGGGCCUCCCCGUUUUAGGAGAAAGCUCUGUCUUCCGCCCACAAUCUGAGAGCACAGUUUGCUUUCCCUUGCCUCUGGAUUUGGGCUUGUACCCAUUACUUUGGCUUCUAACCAUCUUCCCCUUUAGCUGUGGCCCAGCCCCUCCCCGCAGAGCAGGGCAGGCAGCCCAGGCAGGAGUUGCUACCUUUCCUGUUUGUACUAGUUGCUGCUGACAACUGUGGAGACCAGUCCUCAGCCCUCAGGGCUUCUGAGAGGAGAAGCUGUGAGCUGGAGCCAGAGGGGAGGGUGCAUGGGAGUCAGAGGAGAAGCUGUGAAACAGCCCUGGCUCCCUUUAUGCAGAGCUUCCUCGGGGCAGGGCCUCAUCUGCCCUGGCCAGAGAGUAUCACCUCCCAAAGUCCCUGCCCCCGCUGCAGCCUCCUGCUUGCCCUGCCUGUGCCCCAGCUAGGAAGGCAGGGGAAGGGAAGGCCCAGGCCACUGCUGUCCGAGGCUGAGAAGGAGAUGUCUGGAAGGGCUCACUGAGGUGUUGGGUUUCCUGCCUCCUCUCCUGAGAUGGGCACAUUGAUCCUCCCUGAGCUUCCUCUUCAGCACUCACCCUGCAGCUGCUGAGACUCUCUUCCUGCCAGACUGAGGAAAGGGGCUGGGCCUGACAUGACAGCACACUCAGGAGCCUUCCUCACCAGCCCCUGGGACAGUGGGCUAGACCUAGGUGGUGACAGCAGAUGGAACUGUGUUGAGGGAGGAGCACAGGCUUGGGCAGGCAAUGGCCUGUGGGCUGAGAGCCCCGGCAGGAACUUCCCUUGCUGCCUCCAUGCCAGGCUGCUGAGCUGUGAUCCCUCUCCCCACCACACUGCAGCUUUGGGGACCCGAGGGCUCCUGGUUCCUGGAGUUCAUUACGUGACAGGCAUGGAGCUGAGCUGUGACAUCACCUAUGGGUCACUGUGGCCCAGCGCUGGGUUGGCAGAAGGAUGAUGAAGGGCUCACCCUUUCCUUCCUGUCCCUGCUCUUUCUGGUUUCUUAACUCCAGGCCCCAUGCCUUGCAUCUCUGGCCUACUCCUCAGCCCACAGCGUGUGGGUUAGCAGCUGCCUUCCUUCUAACAUCUCAUUCUUCGUUUCUCCCUUUCUUUUGCUGAACUCCUUACCUCUCAAGAAGGCAAUGUUGAGCCGAAAGCGUGCGUCCCAGUGUCUCACACCUGUGCUCUUUAAACACAGAGACCUGCCAAGACGCCCUCUCGUCCAACUAUGCCCAGGCCGAAGUCCUCACCCUCUCUUAAAGCGGCAC